AAUCGUGUAGUAGAAUUUAUUAGAUAUUAUAUUAAUUAAUUUAAUAUUGCCAUGUUACCUAAAUGUAAUUUAAUUGAAUAUUUGUUUUAAUAAUUUUUUACCAAAGAGAAAAGUUGUCGCAAUCAUCAUUAUUCUAAUCAUUAUUAAACAUUAAUUGUAAAACAUAUUGCUGAAUAAUGAUACCUUAGGACGUUAAAUUAAUUGAAAUACACCUUAGAACAUUUUAUUGAAAUGGAAUUGAAUAUGAUUGUUUAGUACCUGCAAAUUAAAAGUAAUGAAUUCAAUUAUGUUUGUUACCUGGAAUUGGACCGAACUAUGUGGUCCCGAUGACUUUGUUCCUAUUAUUCGACCUGGCUAUGUUCUUAGUUCAUGUGCAGAAAUGUCGAUUAUUCAGCUGCCUGUUUUAUUUACAUUUCUGCUGACAUCGGCAUAUUAUUGUGGAAAUUUAACUGAUUGGAUUGUACGCACGAGGCGAGAAACAUAUGUCCUCCGUUUCCGUACAGUGGUUUCUGGUCUGUUAGCAGUAUUGCCGGCAUUUCGACUCAUUUGGGAAGCAUACAAAUUUACCGAAAGCCGAUUGUAUCCAGUAGAAAACUUAGUACUGGCAAUACAGUGUUUUACUUGGAUUGUACACACUUUUUAUGUUCUAUGUGUUAGACACCGUUUGGGAACAAGUCUUAGUGGUCGAAAGUCAGUAUUAGUUUCGUGGGCUCUAUGUUUUUCAUCUUCUACUGUAUCAGUAUGGAACGGCUAUAAACAAUUUAAUGAAAAUUCUGAUAUUCCACUUUUGAAAGAGAGAUUUUGGUUCAGAAUUAUUGACAUGUCAUUGCAAAUAUGCUAUUUAUUUACAUUGUUCUUCAGAGCUGAUGUGUUGAGGACGAGAUAUGUGGAUCGAUUGCGUUUUCUAGCUCAGCAAUCCGUCGAAAGGCGUUCUUUAAUGACCUCAUCAUACAGUCGUUUUAAUGAUGAAUUUGACCCAUACUAUUUGGGAAUGGCAUGUGAUAAUGAACAUUAUAAUUUUUUCUCUUGGUUAACAUUUGGCUGGGUCGAAAGAUUGAUAUCUAAAGGAGACAAGAACCGAUUGCAGAGUCCAAAUGAUUUAUUCGAUCUACCGGAGAGAUUAACGCCAGUUUAUGUUUCAUCUAAGGUGGAAGAAGUAUUCAGACAUCAGCCUUCAGUCAGAGCUACAUCGCCCAUUCAUUUGCCAGCUGAUCAUCAAUCACGUGUGCCCAGGGUAUCGUUAUUACAAGCAUUGUACAAAUGUUAUGGCAAACAAUUCUUUGGUAUUGGAAUAUUAAAAUUUGUAGCGGACAUUUGUGCAUUUAUUGCUCCUAUUUUUUUAAACAAGUUAAUAACUUUUGUGUCUCAUCAUGAAGAACCUAUGAGAAAUGGGUAUUUUUACAUGGGCGGACUUGUCUUAAUGUUGUUGUUAACUUCAAUUUUUGGAACACAUUUCGAUUAUCAAAUUCAUAUACUUGGAAUUAAAAUUCGGGGUACAUUAGUGACAAUGAUUUAUAAAAAGACUUUAGCGUUAAAUACAGUAACACUUAACAACUUCAGUAUCGGAGAAGUUAUAAAUUUUAUUAGUACAGAUACAAGUAAUUUGGUGAAUGCGUGUAAUAGUUUCCAUUCAUUGUGGAGUGUUCCUUUUCAGUUAGUUUUAGUUUUGUUCUUGCUUCAUCAACAACUAGGACUUGCUUUUUUAUCUGGAGUAUUGAUUUCUGUACUUUUAAUUCCCGUAAACAAAAUCAUUGCCACUAAUAUCGGUAAGUUUACUGGAAAAUUAAUGAAUGAAAAAGACAAGCGUGUAAAACUCAUGUCCGAAAUAAUUAGAGGUAUCAGAGUCAUUAAAUACAAUGUAUGGGAGAAAUAUUUUAUCGAAAAAAUUAGCAGUUGUCGGAAACCUGAAGUAGUAAACUUAAAAAAAAGGAAAUAUUUGGAUGCACUUUGUGUGUAUUUUUGGGCUACAACGCCAGUAACAAUUUCAGUAUUAACAUUUUCAACUUAUAUAAUUAUGGGCGGGCAAUUAACAGCGGCUAAAGUUUUCACUAGUAUGGCGCUGCUUCAAAUGUUAAUAUCGCCAUUAAACGCUUUUCCUUGGAUACUGAACGGUAUAACCGAAGCAUGGGUAUCAGUUAAACGAAUUCAACGUUUGAUUGAAGUUGAUGACUCGCAAGCGCAAUUUUAUUAUAGUCUUAUGCCAGUGCAGUACGGUCGUACAUUUGACAAUGCAGUUUCUUUAAAUCAUUGUUCAUUCAAUUGGGGACUUAGGACUUUUCAACUUAAGAACAUACAUUUUUCUGUUGCCAAAGGAUCUUUUGUCGGCAUUACAGGACCCGUGGGAAGCGGCAAAUCUACUUUGUUAGCUGGUAUUUUAGCUGAAAUAAAUAAAGAAGAAGGAACAAUAGCUAUAUCAAACAUGAGGGACGGAUUCGCAUUUGUCGCACAAACUCCUUGGAUUCAAAAAGGGACAAUUAGAGAUAAUAUUUUAUUCGGACAAAGUUAUAGUUUAGAAAAAUACAGAGCAGUGGUCAAAUGCUGUGCUUUGGUCGAAGAUUUACAAGGGUUUUCUGCAGGUGAUUUAACUGUGAUCGGUGAAGCGGGAACUACAUUAAGUGGAGGUCAGAAAGCUCGGUUAGCUCUAGCGCGAGCAGUAUACCAAAACAAAAGCAUAUAUUUACUAGACGAUAUUUUUGCAUCGGUUGAUGUAAACGUUGCUCAGCAUUUAUACAAACAUUGUGUUAACGAUCUUCUCAAAAACAAAACUCGUAUUAUUUGCACACACAAUACAGAAUUCUUGCUUGAAGCUGAUUGGAUAAUAGCUAUGAACAACGGUGAAAUUGUAAAUCAAGGGAAACCUUUUGAAAUAUUAAGCGAUUACAAUAUAAAGACGCUGAGUGUUAAAUUUGACGAAUUAAGUUACAAUUCAAAGGUGGAAGCAAUCGAUUGGAUGCCGACAAAAGAAUCUGAUGUUACCUACGACUUGAUCGAUAAAGAAAACCAAGAAGAAGGUAUUGUUGCUCUGUCAAUCUAUAAGCACUAUUGGAAUGCUGUUGGAACCGUUGUUGGAUGGCUUUUAUUUUUUUCCAUGUUUGCAAUGCAGGCCUCGAGAAAUUUGUCCGAUUUAUGGUUAUCCCAUUGGGUUAAUGAAAUGUCAGGCUCGAAUAAAGAGCAAGACGAUGACAAGAAAUAUUUAUAUACUUAUACUAUGAUUGGGAUGGUUAAUUCGGUGGCCACAUUUUUCCGGGCUUUUAUAUUUGCAUACGGUGGAAUUAAAGCGUGUAUUAAGAUACAUGACUGUUUGCUUACAUCUACAUUAGGAGCAAAAAUAUCAUUUUUCGACAUAAACCCUCUUGGUAGAAUAUUAAAUCGGUUUUCAUCAGACACCAACGUGAUUGACGAUGGUUUGCCAUUCAUUUUGAAUAUUCUACUUGCUCAAUUAUUUCUUGCAUUGGGCACAGUAGGCUCAAUUCUGAUUGGCGCACCAUGGGCCAUAGUGAUAAUUGUGAUAUUGACACCCGUGUAUUAUAAACUGCAAAAACGAUACAGGAAUUCAUCGCGUGAACUCCGGAGAAUAUCGUCUAUAGCUUUAUCUCCUCUAUACAGUCAUAUUAAUGAAUCAUUACACGGACUGGCUACUGUACGAGGUUUUAGAGUAGUUUCAAGAUUUGAACGUGAUAAUGAAGAUAAACUAGAAAACUAUUUAAAAGCCGAAUUUUCCUCCCAAUUGGCUUCGCUGUGGUUCAAUUUCAGAUUAAAACUAAUAGGCUUAUCCGUACUUCUAUUUAUUGGCACAAUUGCAGUUUUUAUUCAUAAAUGGAAUCUAUCCAAUCCUGGGCUUCUCGGAUUAGCGUUAACAUACGCAUUGACACUAACGAGUAUACUUGGACAAUUGGUGGGAGCUGUUGCAGCAACUGAAUGCGAUAUGAUUAGUUUAGAACGUGUUUUAGAUUACAUAGACAAUACAGAGCGUGAGACUGAUACAGAAAAUUCUGUGCCACCGCCAUUUGCUUGGCCAACCAGUGGAAUUAUACAGUUUUCUAAAGUUUUUUUGAAAUAUAGAUAUAACGGACCCAUGUCUUUGAAUGGUGUGUCUUUUGAAACAUACGCUUCAGAAAAAAUUGGUGUUAUCGGACGGACAGGAGCUGGAAAAAGUUCACUGCUAACUGCCUUGUUCAAAAUGCAUGAGAUAAACAGCGGAACUAUUUCUAUAGAUGCUGUGGAUUUGUCUAAAAUUUCUUCUCGGCAAAUCAGAAACCGUUUGUGUAUAAUUCCUCAAGAUCCGUUCCUAUUCGAAGGUACGAUACGCGACAACAUUGAUCCAUUCAAAGAGUACAUGGAUUCAAAUAUAUGGUCAGCGCUUCAAUGCUGCCAUUUGGUGCCUACCGUCAAACGUAUGGGCGGACUUGGAUGUCGUUUAGGAGAUAGUAAUAACAUGUCAGUGGGAGAGAAACAGUUAUUGUGUUUGGUCAGAGCUGUACUUAAAAAUGCAAAAAUAGUAUGCAUCGAUGAGGCAACAGCCAAUGUCGAUAAAAUAACAGAUCAAAAAAUACAAGAAACAAUUAGGACAGCCUUCAAACAAAGUACAGUUAUUACAAUUGCUCAUAGAAUUAGCACCGUUAUGGAUAGUGAUCGGAUACUAAUAAUGGACAACGGGAUAGUUUUGGAAUUUGAUUCUCCCAAUGUUUUGCUGCAAAAUAAAAACUCAUAUUUUUAUAAUAUGGUGCAGCAAGAGUUUAAAUAAAAUGUUUUGAUCUCAUGUGUACAGUAUGGUGGUGAUUUAUAUUGAUAUAUAAAUUGUAUCACAAAACGUUUUGAUCUUCUGACAUGAAUUUUUAUUGUUAUUUUAUUACCCAUCAAUUUAUAAUUAAUUAUCUCUCCGAUAUAGAUUUAAAAUAUUCCUAAACAAAUGUAAUCAUUUUAAACAAAAUAUAUAUGUAUUAUAAUUAUUUAUUUAUUAUAAUGAUGUGUAAUAUUUAUUUAUACUAUCCAUUUUGUAUUAUA